GCCGCGGCCCGGCACCCCGGGACACCGUGAGGAGGUUAGGGCCCGGGUUUUGGUGCCGGCCGGGUUGCAUGUGGCGCAUGGAGGAAAAGUUCGAUGGUUACAUGUGGCGUAUGGAGGACAGUCGGCUUUGCAAGGUGGGCCGGCGAUCCUUUGACUUAUCCACCUGGCUACUUGACUCGCUGGGCCGCCUGCUUAUGGGCUGCCUGCGUCCGUGCGCCCGCGCGCCUGGCCAUGCCCCCCCCGCCCAUCCCGUGGCCCUUCCGGCCGCGCGACCGCCGCGAGGAAGUGAGG